AUGGCAUGCUUGAAAAAAGCACAACUUUUGUUUUUUAGAGAUCCUUUGAGUCGAUUCAUCUGGCAGUACGUCUUCCCACUUCAAUUCGCAUUAGGCCUUCUUGGAAACUCGCUAAAUCUUUGGGUACUUGCCAGCGAUGAAGUACCCAAUAUUGCCAGCGAUAUGCUGGCUGCAGUCUCAUUCUGCGACUUGGCAUUUCUGUUGGUAAUGCUUCCACAUUGUCUAGCUGCAUUUGAUACAAUUGCUUAUGAUGUUACUUUCAGAUAUUUCUAUCUGAAUACCAAGCAACACAUGUCCGCCGUGGCUAACUGGAUGAGUGCUGCAGCUAUCUGGCUAAUUCUAGCAGUAUCCAUUGAACGCUAUCUCAUCGUCCGGUCGCCAUUUCGUGCGAAACUUUACUGGCAACGUGGCAAAAUGGUAGUAGUACUAUCAUCUAUUUUUGUAACAACUGGUCUGCUCACUGUUUAUCACCACUUCGAAUGGGACUGUGUGAUUGAAGAGUUCUGUAACGGAACUCAACUUUUGGAUUUUUGCUAUUAUUCGGGUAUGCGGCAUCAGAAAACGUAUCGAAACAAAGAUUGGGUGACACCGAGUAAUGUGAAAAAAGUGUAUCUCCGAUUUUCUACUUUUUUGAAUGCUAUCCUUGUGGUUUUUGUUCCAAUAGUCCUUGUGAUUCUAUUGAAUGUUCUGAUGAUAAGACAGCUAAAAAUCAACUGGACUUCUCCGAGACUCGAAUCAAUGAGAGGAGCUACUAUGAACAGAAGUCAAGUGCGACAGCGACAGAAAGUCACAGUCACCGUGAUAUCAAUUGGUAUUUGUUUCUCACUCACUCAAGGACCAUCUGCCUUCAUGGCACUCUAUGAGCUCUUCUCGGAAUACGAAUUAGGUCACACUUUCUAUGCAAUCUUCAGCAUAACCAAUUCAUUAGUUGUAACUGGCAAAACUAUCAAUUUCAUACUAUUCUGCUUGUCGUCUGAACAUUUUAGACAGAAAUGCUUCAAAGCAAUUUAUAGGAAAUUUCCGAAGCUAUCACAAAGUAGUUUCGGCAAACGAUUUUUGGAUCAUCAGCGUUCGAAUUCCUACGAUCGAUCCUCUUCUCUUCGCACCGUUCGUUCGAGACGAGGUUCAGCGAACACACUUCCCGGCGCUUCUAGAGAUACUGGAACUUUGCUUCCAGCGGAAAGAGCUAAAGACGAGUGUUCUACAUGUUCCAUAGAAAAAUCAAGGACCUUGUCAAUAUCCCGUCAGACACUUCCCUAUCGUACUCGCUUGGAUUCCGGACUGUCCCAAGAUGAGACAACAACUAGUUGCACAUGA